UCACAUGAUUACUCACGUGAUUAAGAUUAUGACUAAGAUAAUUUUUUAUUUUAAAACUGUAUUGGAAAUUGAUCUGUUUAAAUGUUUUUAUUGACAAUUCAAUUAUAAUAAGAGUUGUACUACAAUGGCGACAUAUACGGUGGACUCUACAAAGUCAUUCAUGCAGGCAAUGCAGCCCAUGAUUGAAAUUUUGGACAAUUUCGAUAUCCCGAUAGAAGGUCAAAAGCUUCCUAAGAUUGAUUCAGAGAAAUCAAGAAGUAUAACAAUUGGUAGUAUUUUAGAUCAAUUCAGAGCAAUUUCACCGGAUAUUAUAGAUGAUAUCGAUAUUGGCGAAGAGUGUGAAAAGAUCAGUCUACUUCGUAAUCAACAACCUGAUGAUAUUUUCAAUAUGAUAAAGGCUUCAUUAGUGGAAAAUUCUAGUGAAGAAGAACUUCAAUCUGCAUUAUUUGAUAUUUUAGGAUUUGAAGAGUUCGAACUCAUAUCAGAUAUUAUACGAAACCAAGAAUCAUUAAGGAAUUCAAAUGAAACGAAUAAUGAUUAUGGUCUCUUAACUACCGAACAAAGAGUUCAAAUGUUACUUGAUAAUAAAGAACAAGCUAAGAAUCAGAAAAUACUUCCAAAAAGUUCUCUUCAGCGAUAUCCUCAUGUGUAUAAAGUAGAAGAUGCAGGUGGUGGUAUGCUUUCCAUUACAGGUAAAAAGUAUGCCUUACCAAUUGGUACAACUAGAGAAUCGCAUGCCACUUAUGAAGAAAUUAUUAUACCUCAUUCAACCAAAGAACAGAAUAGAUGGAUCACAGAUAGUCAACUUGUGAGAAUUAACCAGUUGGACUUCUUAUGUCAAGGUACAUUCCGAAAUUAUAAAUCGUUAAAUAAAAUGCAAAGUUUAGUAUUCCCAGUUGCAUACAAUACUAAUGAAAAUAUGUUGGUAUGUGCACCUACUGGUGCUGGUAAAACUGAUGUUGCAUUAUUAACGAUUCUAAAUACAAUAAAGCAAUAUUCGAAUGAACAAGCUGAAGCUGAUAGCGACAAUACUUUGAUUGACAUUGAUUACAAUGAAUUUAAGAUAGUUUACGUAGCUCCAUUAAAGGCAUUGGCUGCUGAAAUUGUUGAAAAGUAUAGUAAGAAAUUACAAUGGUUAGGAAUAACCGUCAAGGAACUUACUGGUGAUAUGCAAUUGACUAGACUGGAAAUUUUAACCACACAAAUUAUUGUUACGACUCCUGAGAAAUGGGAUGUUGUAACAAGAAAACUGGGUGGUGAUAAUGAGUUAGUGUCAAAGGUAAAAUUGUUAAUUAUAGAUGAAGUGCAUUUAUUACAUGAAGAUAGAGGUUCUGUGAUUGAAACUUUGGUUGCACGUACUUUAAGGCAAGUUGAAAGUACCCAACUGAUGAUUAGAGUUGUUGGUCUUUCUGCAACAUUACCAAAUUAUAUGGAUGUGGCCGACUUUUUAGGAGUCAAUAGAUCGAUUGGGAUGUUUUAUUUUGAUUCAAGCUUUCGACCUGUUCCUUUAGAACAACAAUUAUUAGGUGUAAGGGGAAAAGCUGGUUCUAGACAAGCUAGAGAGAAUAUUGAUAAAGUAUCAUAUGAUAAAUUAAUUGAGUAUGUCAGGCAAGGUUUACAAGUCAUGGUAUUCGUACAUUCUAGAAAAGAUACAGUCAAAACAGCCAGAACAUAUGUAGAAUUGGCCCAGAGUCAUCAUGAUUUAUCAUUAUUUGACACAUCUGAUAACGAAAGUUAUGAAAAGUUUAGUCGAGAUGUUGCUAACAAAAAUAGAAGUAAGGAAAUGAGAGAAUUAUUUCAGAAUGGGUUUGGAAUGCAUCAUGCUGGUAUGUUGAGAACCGACAGAAAUUUAACUGAGAAAAUGUUUGAAAGUGGCGCAAUUAAAGUAUUAUGUUGUACGGCCACUUUAGCUUGGGGUGUUAAUUUACCAGCUGCGGUAGUUAUUGUAAAGGGAACAGAAGUCUAUGACUCAAAAGCAGGGGGAUUUGUUGAUUUAGGAAUAUCAGAUGUUAUCCAAAUUUUUGGUCGUGCUGGUAGACCACAAUAUGAACAGUUUGGUACGGGUAUUUUAUGUACCACGAGUGACAAAUUGGAUCAUUAUGUUUCUUUAAUAACACAGCAACAUCCUAUAGAAUCUAAAUUGAGUGGUAAGUUAAUCGAUAAUCUAAAUGCCGAAAUCUCUUUGGGAAGUGUCACCAAUGUCGAUGAAGGUGUACGUUGGUUAGGUUAUACAUAUAUGAUGGUAAGAAUGAAACAGAAUCCGUUUGCAUACGCCAUUGAUUGGAAAGAGCUUAAGGAAGAUCCUUUACUUCACAACAAGAGACGAGAAAUGAUUAUCGCUGCUGCUAGAAGAUUACACGGAUUACAGAUGAUUAUAUUUGAAGAAAGUUCAGGAAGUCUUGUAUCUAAGGAUUUAGGUAGAAUUGCAUCUGAUUUUUACUUGUUAAACAAUUCCAUAGAGGUAUUUAAUCAAUUAUUGAAUCCAAGAGCAACAGAAGCAGAUGUAUUAUCCAUGAUAAGUAUGAGUAGUGAAUUUGAUAGUAUUAAGUUUAGAGAAGAAGAGUCCAAAGAGUUAAAAGAUUUAUUGGAGAAUGAAACCUCAUGUCAAAUUGCUGGCGAGGUAGAGACCCCAGCUGGUAAAACAAACAUUUUGUUACAAUCCUAUAUUUCCAAAGCAUUAGUUAAAGAUUCAUCAUUAAUAUCGGAUUCAAAUUAUGUUUCUCAAAACGCAAGUAGAAUCUGUCGUGCUUUGUUUUUGGUGGGUAUAACUAGACGUUGGGGAACUUUUCUCAAGAUUAUGUUAUCAAUAUGUAAAUCAAUCGACAGAAGAAUUUGGGGAUAUGAACAUCCAUUGAAACAGUUUGAUUUACCUGAGCAAAUUAUGAGAAAUAUCCUGGCAAAAAAUCCAUCUAUCGAGACAUUAAGAGAUAUGACGUCUGGGGAAUUAGGCGACUUAGUUCAUAACAACAAGAUGGGUGAUAUAAUUUACAAGUUGGUGGGAAAAUUUCCUUAUAUUGAAAUUGAUGCCGAAAUCUUUCCUAUCACCAGUCAUGUUAUGAGAGUUCAUAUUAAUUUAGAACCGGACUUUGUAUGGGAUGAAAAGUAUCACGGUAAAGCACAAAUGUUUUGGUUAACCGUUGAAGAAUCUGAAGAUGCUAAUCUUUUACAUGUUGAGAAAUUCAUGUUAAACAAGAGACAAAUGAGAAGCCCUCAUGAAAUGGAUGUAAUGAUUCCCUUGGCCGAUCCUCUUCCAGCCCAAAUAGUUGUCAGGAUUAUUUCGGACGGCUGGAUUGGAUCGGAAACUGUUCAUACAAUAACCUUCCAACACCUUAUCAGACCAUCAAAUGAAACCAUUAGAACCAACUUAUUGAAAUUACAGCCUUUACCUGUAACAGCGUUGCACAAUCCUGAGGUCGAAAGCAUCUAUUCAAGUAAGUUUCGCUACUUCAAUCCUAUGCAAACAAUGACUUUCCAUUCACUUUACAACGACAAUUCAAGUGUAUUUGUUGGUUCUCCAACUGGUUCAGGUAAGACUGUAGUAGCAGAAUUGGCUAUUUGGCAUGCAUUUAAACAGUUUCCUUCUUCAAAGAUUGUUUAUAUUGCUCCUAUGAAAGCCUUAGUAAGAGAAAGAGUUGAUGACUGGAGAGAAAGAAUCUGUAAGAACACCAAAUAUAAAUUGGUAGAAUUAACCGGUGAUUCUCUUCCAGAAGCAAGAGAAGUUAGGGAAGCGGAUAUUGUUAUCACAACUCCUGAAAAGUUCGAUGGUAUUUCACGUAAUUGGCAAACUAGAAAAUUUGUUCAAGAAGUCUCUUUGGUUAUCAUGGAUGAAAUUCAUUUAUUAGCAAGUGAUCGUGGACCAAUUUUGGAAAUGAUUGUCAGUCGUAUGAACUACAUUUCAUCACAAACCAAAAAGCCGAUUAGAUUGCUUGGUAUGUCAACCGCUGUUUCAAAUGCUAUUGAUAUGGCAGGUUGGUUGGGUGUUAAAGAAGGAUUGUUCAACUUUCCCCUGUCAGUUCGUCCCGUUCCUCUUCAAAUGUAUAUUGAUGGUUUUCCUGAUAAUUUGGCAUUUUGCCCAUUAAUGAAAACUAUGAAUAAACCGGCAUUCAUGGCUAUAAAGCAACACUCUCCAACGAAGCCUGUUUUAAUCUUCGUUGCAUCUCGUCGUCAAACUCGUCUUACAGCUUUAGAUUUGAUUCAUCUAUGUGGUAUGGAAUCUGACCCAAGAAGAUUUCUCAAAAUCUCCGAUUAUGAACUUGAAGGUAUUUUAGAAAAAGUUAAGGAUGAAACUUUAAAACUUUCUUUACAAUUUGGUAUAGGUCUCCAUCAUGCUGGUUUAGUGGAAUCAGAUCGUCAAAUAUCUCACAAGCUUUUUGAAGCUGGAAAAGUUCAAAUUUUGGUAGCAACAUCUACCUUGGCUUGGGGUGUUAAUUUACCUGCUCAUUUAGUUAUCAUAAAGGGUACACAAUUUUUUGAUGCAAAGAUAGAAGGAUAUAGAGAUAUGGAUUUAACAGAUAUUUUACAAAUGAUGGGUAGAGCUGGUCGUCCAGCGUUUGAUACGUCAGGAAUAGCUAUUGUUUAUACCAAAGAAUCAAAGAAAGUAUUCUAUAAGCAUUUCUUGAAUAUUGGAUUUCCUGUUGAGUCUUCUUUACAUAAGGUCUUGGAUAAUCAUAUUGGUGCUGAAAUUUCAGCAGGUACAAUCACUACUAGACAAGAGGCAAUGGAUUUCUUAACUUGGACAUUUUUGUACAGAAGGGCACACAACAAUCCUUCUUAUUAUGGAAUAGAAGACUUGAGUACAGCUGGUAUUUCUCUGUAUUUGGCUUCCUUGAUUGAUGACGCUAUAAACAAUUUAGUGGAAUCAAGUUGUGUAAUUUUAGGCGGAAAAGAACAGUUGUAUGCAACUCCAUUUUUAAACAUAUCUUCAUACUAUUAUAUGUCUCAUAAAACUAUUAGAAACUUGCUUAGUAAAGUAAGCCGGAACUCAGAUUUCAGAGGCUGUUUGAGAUAUUUAUGUGAAGCAACCGAGUAUGACGAGUUAGCAACAAGGCAUGGUGAAGAAUUAAUCAAUAUGGAAAUGUCUCAAUCGAUGAGAUAUCCAGCAUCUGAUUUAGAGUGUGAGUUUAUCUGGGAUCCACACGUGAAAGCAUAUCUUUUGAUCCAAGCAUUUAUUAGCAGAGUAGAAUUACCAAUCGCAGAUUAUGCUCAAGAUACGGUUGCUGUUCAAGAUCAAGCAUUACGUAUUUUACAAGCUUUUAUCGACGCUGCUUCCGAGUUGGGUUAUUUUAAAACGGCAUUAGUAUUCAUUAGUUUGAUGCAAUGUAUAAAACAAAGAUAUUGGUAUGAUGACGAUCCAGUUUCAGCGAUGCCUGGUCUUGAAUUAUGGAAAAAAGAAGACAAAAAUAAGAUUGACUUAAAGGAAUUAGGGGCUAUGAAUAGAGGCAAAUUGUUUAAAACAGCUGAAAGUUUAGGAAUUGAAGAUGAAGGAGACAAAAAGGAGUUUGUUAGAAUUGCUUCUCAUUUACCAAUUGGGAAAGUUGUUAUUGCUCAAGAUAGUCCAGACUCCUUAAACAUCGAACUUCAGCAUGCAAACCCACCAUUGAAUAAAGAAUUCAAGGUUUAUGCUCCUCAUUUCCCCAAGGCUCAAAGAGAAUCAUGGUUUGCUAUAGUUUCAGAUACUCAAGAAGAAGAAUUAUUGUUAAUUAAGAGAGCUAGUCCAAGAUUAGCUGGAAAUCGUGGUAAGGUAGUAUGUGAUUUAGAUAUACCAGAUGAUAUUCAAGGUAGAGAAGUUAAAAUUUUCCUUAUUAAUGAUUCUAUGGAUAUAACUUACUCCUACGAACACACUUUGAGUUAA